AGAGUGUAAACCGAGGUCGCCUUACUAGUGUUGAAUGCUCCACACUUGGUUUAUAUCGUUUUCGGAAUUGCAGUCAGUGAAGAUAAACAUAACGAAGAUGUGUAAUAUUAUCCUAUGCCUAUGGUACAUGUUUUGGAUGUUUUUAUUUAAAUGUGCUGAUGGUUCCGUUACCAUAGAUUCAUCAGCAGCGACUGUUCCGGAGGGCUCAUCACUAACAUUUACCUGCACAUAUACUGGAAAUGAGCAUCUGUUUGCAAUAAGAUGGACAAACAAUGGGAACAAUUCCGGAAGAAAAUACGAUAUAACAAUCCAAAAACCUGAACCGUGUACAUUAUUUGAUGAACCUGGUCUCAAUAAAACUCUCUUCACCUACACCUGUCUCACGCUUACUAUUUUAAAUGUUACACGGGAUUAUCAGAACGACAACUUUACGUGUCAAGCAAAUCUUAAUAUAAACAGUGGCAAUAGUGUUAUCGUCAGAGUGUCAGUGCCAAUUUCAACAGUGGAUUUGACAUCACCGACAGCUGCAAAUGUCACUGUCAACGCGGGCUCAUCGCAGAAAUUCACGUGUCGUACAUCCGGGGGGUUUCCACAACCAACAGUAGAGUGGUAUAAGACGUCUAGUAGUAACUGUACCAGGAAUGGCGUUAAGAUAAUGAAUUCCAUACCCAGUUCACCGUCUGAAAGCAAUGGUCUUAUACAGGUGGAAAGUUCAUUGUUAUUCACAACAUCCAGUUCAGACAAUAAUCUCUGGAUUUGCUGCGCGGCAAGUAAUAUCAACUCUCAGUGGAAGCUGUCAGGAACGAAGCUUUUAGACGUAAGAUAUCCUCCACCUAAUCCGCCAGUGAUUGACGACUUCAACACAAUACCGCACUACCAGAUGAUAGAGAAUAUGACCGAACGUUUUACAUGUAGGAGUACUGGCGGAAAUCCUCUUGCCAGUCUUACAUGGAGCUGUUACAAUGGCAUCGUGUCAAACCCUAACAUUAGCGGCGGCUCGGUCAGUCGGUCUGUACAGUUCACAGCGCGGCGUAACCAAGACAAGACGUGCACGUGUAAUGCCACACAUGAGGCGGGACUGUUUCAACAAGCAACAUUGGACGUCAAUAUCCUGUAUCCCCCUUCAACACCGGAAUUCAAAGUGGACGGUACACCAGUGGGCAUCGCGAUUAGCAUAGUUAAAGACGACAGUGAUCAGACGGUGACGUGUCACAGUUUUGGAAAACCUAAUCCAUCUGAAAAUGAUUUCACUUGGACAAAAGAAAGUGCCGUUGUUAGUUCGAACUCAGUUUUAAGCUGGACCGGCGGAAUCAGAAUUCAGGAUGGAGGCAGUUACAAAUGUACCGUUACAACAACGAUGACACCUUCGGAUACCAGCAAAACUCCAGUUACAACAGAGGUAUCUUCUGAUGUCACCAUGGAUGUACUAUAUUCGCCACGGUUGCAUCAACUGUCCCGGCUUAACGCCCUGGAAGGUGAAAACAUAACUCUGAAAUGUGAAUACGAGCCAGGUAACCCUACAGAAACAACAGUCUUAAUUGCUCGGUUAAAUGACCGAAUUACCUGGACCGAUGGAACACAUUUCAUUCCAUCGCUGAAGAGAACCGAUGCUGGUAUGUACAAUUGCACAGUUCGUAACAUCAUGCAGCCAACAGGACAACUGAAUGAAAUCGUUGGAAUGGAUACAGGAAUUUUUCAGGUUAACGUAUGGUACAAAACUUCUGUGUCCAAGUUUGGUUUAACCAGUCAUCCCGACGCGAAUAAUGUUACUGUUGAUGAAAACGCAACUCUUAACUUCUUCUGUGAAGUUGACAGUAACCCAAACUCCACCAUUGUAUUUGGAAGAUCGGACAGGCUACUGAACAACACUACUCUAAAAAAGAACGACGGGUUUCUUCAUUUGGCAUUUGAUGUUCAACAAGCUGACUGUCUUGAUACAGCAAGUUACUAUUGUUUUGGGUAUAACAACUACACAGAGAUUGAGACGGCACCAAGGAAACAAAUGGACGUGUAUGUUCGAUGUUCACCAAGAGCAUCAGGAGGUCAAUGGGAAAGCAACAUUACAGGGGCUGCUGGUGGCAAUGCAACGUUUUCCUUUGAUGUAGUGGCAUAUCCUGUUCCAAAUAAAGACGGAUAUGUAUGGCACAAAUGGAAUGGGACAACGUAUUCUCAACUUUACAACAGUGACAAAUACACCAUCAACAAUGCCGGUGUUUCUACAACAUUCACCAUCAAUGCUAUUGAGCAAGAAGAUUUUUCAACCUAUCUUCUAACGGUGUCCAAUGGAAUAAUUCCAGACUUCAACGAAUUAUUCAACUUAAGAUCUCAAGAUGUCCCUCAGUGUCCAGCCGAUGUUACAAUUAGUGCAACGACCUCGUCUUCAGCUAUUGUGGAGUGGAACAGUCAAUUCAAUGGUGGACUUCAGCAAACAUUUGUUAUUUUGUACAAAGCGAUUGAAAGUUCAGAUUACUUGGUUCUUACAGAAGAUGAGCUCGAGAGACAGAAGACACAUUACGAAGUAACAAUAACGGGAUUAAAAGACGGAUCGACUUAUGAUGUCAUUAUGUUCUCAAGAAACGAAAAAGGAAAUUGUAAACAAAAUAAUUCACUCCAAUUCGACACAGAACUUCUUGUUGAUGACCCGCCGCUAUCAAAUACAGCAUUGAUCGGAGGUUUGGCUGGUGGUAUUUCUGCAGUUUGCGUUGCAUUCUUCGUCGUCGUUGUUGUUCUCUUCUUACGGAAAAGAAUGUCUUAUAAAAAAGGUGAAUCUCGCCAGGCACUUACCAAGGGCCAAAAACUGCGGACUUUAAAUGCUGUCGAAGAAGAUGCAGAUGAUCUCCCUGAUGAGGUUGAAAAUCCAAUGUAUGAAAGCUCACAACCUGCAGCAAUGAAGCAGGACUCUCCUGAUGUCCUUUAUGCGUUGCCCAAGAAGAAGGAUGGCGAUAUAUACGCUGUAGUAGACAAAGCAAACAAACGACCAACUAAAUCCCAAGGCACCAAGAAGCAAAAAAAUGAUGCACACGACAAUGCCGGGUUCGAUAUUUACGAAAAUAAUCAAUCUCCUCAACAUCCAGCCAAGAAAAACGUCAAUCAUGACGGUCUUGUCUAUGCUGAUAUCGUAUUCGCUAAUCCUCCGAAAGGUCAAAAGAGAUUGGUUAUCCAUGGAAUUGACGACAUGACUGUGUAUGCUGAUGUUGAUCUGAAUAAGAAGGUUGAUCCUUUUCCUCAUAGCGACGAAGAAGAUGGUGGUAAAAAAGAACCCAAUAAAAAAUAAAAGCACUGUACUACUACGACGCUUAUAUACGAUAUACUUUAUAAUAAUAUUUUACUUUUCUUUUGUAUAUUAUAUUAUUGAUGAAGUACUUGAAUGUUUGUUUUGAAAUACGUAUACGACACUAAAACAAUGCCAUAUACUGUUAACAGCUCUAUAGUGUCUUUUCGUGGUGUACUAUCCAGUAAUGGAGUGGCAAUUAGCUUUUCGGUAGCCUUUUAAAGGCCUCAACAAUGACAAAAUAAGAAUAUUCAAUUAUUUAUGUGCCAGAUCCUAAUGGUACAGAUUUGGCCAAACACUUUGGUAUACAGUCGAAACUUGUUGGCUCUAUAUCGUUUGGCUAGAUUUACUCGUUGGCUCGAAGUGGAUGUAAAGAACCGAAUUUUAUUUACUACAUGUAAUUAUUCUCGCUUGGCCCAUUUUUUGCAAGGCUCGAAGUAUCUUGGCCGGUCCCUGGGAUGUCGAGCCAACAGGUCUCGACUGUAUAACAUUUUUGUUUGACAAAUCAACUUUGAUGACAGCAAGUCUCCUGAAUAAUACCGUACUGAAAAGUGUGCAUAUUACUGAUUAUGUUUUUACUACAUAUGUUAAUGGUACUUUUGGGAAAUUAUUCACACAAGUAUGUACAACGACAAACAAGAACAUUUACAAUUGUACAUACAUUAUAUAUAUAUCCUCUGUUAAAUAUUCAAAUAAGUUUGUUCUUUAACGGACAUGUACAUGUUUGCUAUUAAUGUGUUGAUGUCGAGAUUAUUAUAAUACAUAGACUACUAAACAUGGUGUUGAACCCACUUGCCGCUUUUUUCACAUGUCUAUUAUAUACUAACCAAAAGAUGGUAUUGAUUGAACAUCUCAGUUUUCUUAACACUAUACCUAUACAGCUUAUAUUGUUUGGAGACAAAUCUUACACCUUUAGUAUCAUAAAGCAUUUCUUCCAUCAAGUACAAACAUUUAUCGCCAACAUCAAACAUUCUCACCGUCUCUAACUCGGCUUAUUUACUUCUCCUUUCCUUCAAUCUCUAUUUCCGUUUUAGUCCUUCACUCCUGUUAUGUCUUCCGCACUUCACAAUGUCAAACUUUGUAUUUUAUGCAAACAGAAAUACAUGUUUAUUAAAAUAUUUUAGCGUCUCGGCUACGCCAUCCGCUGUAACAAUAUCAAUGUUUGUUCAUUCUAUCCUAGUGUACUAUUGUGAAUAAUGAAUCAAAUAUGACAACAUGUCAACUCUGGUAUUUCACACCACAUGUCAACUAUUCUAAUGAUAUAUUGAAGAGAGACUUAGAUAAAGCAUUUAUGCUUAAUUCUCAAUCCUGUAAAUGAGUAACUAAAUUUCUAGAAGAACUAAUUCUUGAUAUUUCCUACUUACACAUAUAGAUAUUAACUAUCAUGACUUCUUUGUGAUUAUCUGUCUUCUUGCUAUUAUGUGUGUUUUUCAACGUAUUAUAUUACCAGAAUAAAGCUAAACCAGA